UAUCUGUCGGUCCGUCCGUCCGUCUGGCAAUCUGUCUCUCUGUCUGUCAACGGAUAAAACAUAUACAGCAGCGGGGGUCCGCGAAUCAUAGAUGAUCCUCUCGGCCCAAUCGCAGCCUCCGGUCUGCGCUGACGUCCCCCGUGCGGCGCGGAGUUCAGCUCGUAAGGGGAGGGGACUGACGGGUCUCCAGCUGAUGGGAUGGUCAGGACGGGACGGUGGGUCAUAGCAGCGUGCUGUGAGGUGUUGGGAGGAUGCAUGGGGGGGCGUGGAUGCUGUACUCCGUAUUUCUGGACCAGCGGCUCGUCUGUUUCGCGGUGCUCCUGUUCUUUAUUCCCGUCGGAGGGGACUACUGCCCCCCGUCCUGCCUCUGCGCCAGAGAGUCGGGGACCGUCACCUGCCGCGGGGGAGAGCACCCCGGGGUGCCGGGGGCCAUCCCGGAUUGGGCUUCCACUUUAAUCCUCCGGGGGAACAACUUGACAACUUUACCGCGUUGGGCAUUCUGCCCCAGCGGCGCGCGGCGGCCGCUCGUGACGCUGUCGCUGUCGCACAACGGGAUCCGCGUGAUCGAGCCGCACGCCUUUCAGGGACUCACUUCUCUGCUUGUGUUGGAUUUGAGUCACAACCGGCUGGUAUCCAUCUCACCGGGAGUGUUCUCAGGUUUACUUGAACUCCGCUCGCUGAACUUCAACCAGUCCCUCGCGCCGCUCGCCGCCGUGCAGCUCGUGAACGCCCUCAGUGGCGCAGAACAUCUGCGCAGCCUCCACAGACUGGACCUGGCGGGAAACCACCUGACGUCCGUCCCGCUGGGAAUCCACAUGUCCAACCUGCACACGUUAGUGCUGACGAACAACUCGAUCCAGACCGUCGGCCGGGACCACGUGGCUACGCUCUACCAGCGACCACGCAUGCGCAUCUAUCUGUCCCUGAACCCUUUCUGGUGCGGCUGCGAGCUUGAGGCGUUCUGCUCCUGGCUGAGGAACUCCUCCCAGGUCCCCGACGUGGGGGCCCUGGUCUGCAGCGGGCCUGGGGCCCGGCAGGGGGUCCGGCUGGAGCACCUCCAGGAGGAGGAGCUGGGCUGUGCGGACCAGGACCUGGAGGCGGUCUCGUAUGUGUUCCUCGGUCUGGUGUUGGCCUUGAUCGGGGUGGUGUUUCUGAUGGUGCUCUACCUCAACCGAGGGGGCAUCAAACGCUGGCUGAACAACAUCAGAGAGGCGUGCCGCGACCAGAUGGAGGUUUACCACUACCGCUACGAGCAGGACUCCGACCCCAGGCUGGCCAAUGUAGCCGUGUAGGGACUCUCUCUCUCGCUCUUUCUCUGUCAUUCAACAAUGCAACGUGUAUAUUUUGAACAUAAUACUACUAUAAACAAUGUCAUAACUUAUAACACAGGUUGUGUGUUUUAACAUCGACUUGUGGAUAUAUGUCAUACGACUCGCCCCCCCCCCCCCCGAACUCAUUAGCAUAGUGAGACGCCUAAAACCCAACCGACCACAUGUCUUCACGCUCGCUCACUGUGUUGUCACUAUUUUACUAUUUGAAGUCAAAUGUGGAUUCAACCAACAGGGAAUUCAAGAGAAAUAGUCCUAAUUUAGACAUGCAUGUGAAUGUUCUAGAGGCUGGAAAAAUAUGAAUAGGCCUACUACAAUUAUAAUAAAAAAGGUGCAACUGAAAGAAUGAGUGUUUUUUCCUCUUACGUAUUUUCCCUUUCCACAAAGUCAGGCAAAUGUUCAAUACACUCAACAGAUACACAAUCAAAGUAAUGUGUGAUAUGUAACGGUGUGUUACGUGUGAUAUACAACGUUAUGUGUGAUAUGUUGGGUUAGUGUAAUUUGUGAUAUGUUACGCUAUGUAUUAUGUGUGAUAUUUUACGUUAUGCGCUAUCUGUGUUAUGUUA